CAGAUUUCGCGGGGAUGUCAAAAAGGUUCUAUUUAUUCCUUGUUUGGAAUUUGAAAAAUAUAAUCUCGGUCUCUGCUGCUAAACCCUAAAGCCCUUCAAAAUUCACCCCUUCCAAGAUCUUGGGUUGCUUUUUUAUUUUUCUUAAAGACCCUUUUGGAUUUUACAGUUGGUGAAGAAGAAAGAUGUUAAAGACUGCAAUGAGCCCGGCACGCAGUUGUUCAGAUCAUUGUGCUGCUGGUUCGAUUGAGGAAAAGGAUGCUAUGAGAGUUUGGCUGGAAUUGAAACAAAAUGGAUUUCUCUCGCCCUCGCCAUUGUCUCUGUCUGCCUCAAAGCCAAAGCCUGCUCCGAUGCCAAAUAAGAAGCGAGAGAGACAUAGAAAUGCUGGGUUUAGUGAAAAACCGGAGCUUGCUAAGGUGCGGCGAGUUGAUGGGUUGACUAAGGUUGCUGCGUCUGCUUCUGGAUUGCUCAAGAAAAUUAAUCCAGGGACCACACCUUCCGUUGGCAUGCUGCCAACGCCAGAAAAGCACAGUGAGAUGCGUAGGAUUGGUGGACCAAAGGGAUUGUUGAAGGUUUUAAAGGUAGAACCGACUAGCAUGUACUCUCGGAUCUCUCCACCAUGUGGGUUGCUUAAUGAGUUCAAUCCAGGGAUCAUAAAUCGGAUACGAAGCAGUAAACAGGUAUUUUCAGUGAUUCGGGAUUUUGUUAGAAGAGAUACAGUAGGAAAUAUUGACAUCCCAAGUAAGCAGGAAAAGAGAUCCGGGGAAAAUGAUGUGAUUGGAUGCCCAAAUAGUUCAUCAGGAAGUGACCAACUGGGACUAUGUUCAAAGGGCCGAAGUGACCAUUUGUGUGUGAAAACAGAAUAUGAUGAAGAGUUUGGUGAUUUGGGGAUAGAUGUGAGAAGGGCAGACAAUGAAGAUGACAAAGAUGAAUUGAAGUCAUCCAUAUCUUCAGUUACAGCAUCUGAAAAUGCAAGCAGUUCUGUUCUUGAUGAGGUGUCAGCAAGCACAGCAAGGGGUUCUUCUCUUUCUCUAGAAGAUGCUACUGCAGCUUCUCAAUGGUUGCAAUUUCUUCGCCACGACAUCACAUGGCGUCUUGAAGCAUCGAUGCAUGGUAGAACGAGGAUUCAAAAUGCAAUCCAGAGAGAAUUGCCUGCCCUUAUGCUCAAAGAAUUUUCAGUUGACCAAGAAACUGAUUUCUUGGCUGCCAAAAGGUUUGUUUCUUUAAGCAUGGAUGUCCAUAAAGCAAAGUGGAUAAAUCAGUUUGAUCGGAUGGAUAAGACACCCAAUGAAGAGGCGGAUCGACUGGUCGGUAAUUAAGCAUGUCACUGGAGUUCCUUCAAGACACUAAUGGCCAUCCACUCUGCAGAAUUUUAUGAGCAUGCACUUAGAUGAAGAUUAUCAUCUAAAAUGACACUUACACUACUGAAUGCCCAACAUCAAUUCUAGGAACUAUGGUUGAACCAGGUAGAUAUGGCCGGCUCUUCUUCAUCAUCACCAUCAAUGGGGUUUGAUUUUGAUGAGAAACUACAUGUUUUAGCUGUUGAAGCUGUUGAUGAUGGCUUGAUAGAUCGGAAAGCUAUUGAAAGGUUACUCAGCAACUCUGAAUAUAAAGGUGCGUGGAGGAAGGAGCUCAAGAGUUCUUGCUAAAGCCUCUUCAGCUAUCAGACGUGACAAGACCGAGUGCCAUAUAAAAAAGCAGAACAAUCCAUCACAUGGAGGCUUUGCAGGGGAAGAUGAACAUGCAGAAAAAGAUGUCAAAAGGAGAGACAUGAAAGAAAUUUUUUUUAUUUUGGGGAGUAAUUCUAGGACUACUGCAAUCAAUAGAAGUGUGUUAUGCACUAUACUGUUUCAUCCCUUUUGUUAACAUCUAAAGUAGUUAUCUAUAUAUAAGGAGUUGUUUGCCUUUCGUUUCUGCUUAA